UUGUUUUGUUCACAGGGAAGGGGAUGAUAUGUUUCGACUCUCUCGAGCCACAUUACUGACCGAUAUGUUCGUAUUUGAUGUCUAAAGAGGUCUCAUUCUCUGUCAAGUGGAAUAUUGGCUUCCUUUUCAGAAGCUAGAUUAAGCGGUCGAGUCGGCAAUAAUGGCAGAGGAUGCGGGAGAGUUUUACGUUCGGUAUUAUGUGGGGCACAAGGGCAAAUUCGGCCACGAGUUUCUCGAGUUCGAAUUUCGUCCUGAUGGCAAGCUUCGUUAUGCGAACAAUUCAAACUAUAAAAAUGAUACCAUGAUUCGCAAAGAGGUUUUUCUAACCGAGGCCGUGCUCAGAGAAUGUCGUCGGAUUAUCUCAGAGAGCGAGAUCAUGAAGGAAGAUGACAAUAACUGGCCUGAGCCUGAUAGAGUUGGGCGACAGGAGCUUGAAAUAGUGAUGGGGAAUGAACACAUUUCAUUUACAACUUCCAAAAUAGGGUCAUUGGUUGAUGUGCAGAGCAGCAAGGAUCCUGAAGGCCUUCGUAUUUUUUAUUAUCUCGUUCAGGAUCUUAAGUGCUUUGUGUUCUCCCUCAUUGGCUUGCACUUUAAGAUAAAACCUAUCUAAAUAUUUCAAUGCAGCAUUUUGAAAGAUGUGAUGUACAAUGUGAAGGUUUUUUAAGAGCAUGGGCUACGUGAAUGAAAAUUGCUUCUAAUUUUUAGAAACUCUGUAGUGGCUGUCGUGUCUAUAUAUUGAGGAAGAAGGUGGUUAGUUGCUUUCAUUUGGGGCAUUAAUACAGAAUUUUGUGUGGUCUCUUGGCAACUAUAACUCAAUGUGAGAUUUUGCGUGAUGUGCUACAGUCACUGGGUUACUUGCAAGCUGCUUUCUAAUUACAGAAGUAUAUGUGGUCUCAUUAUUACUAUAAAUUGAUGUGGGAUUUUUGGGUCAUGAGCGAGAGUCAAUGAGUUUCUUACAACACAUUUCUUCAAAUUAUUUCAGCUUUGUUUGGACAUUCUGCAAAUUGUAUCUUAUUGUGAAACAUGUACACUGAUUUUUUCCUAGAAAACUAUUGAUAACUUAUGAGUUAGAAUAUUGCAAUAUUAUUAUACAGCUGAUAUGUACCAUAUUGUUGACAA